AUGAGUACGAAAUUGUCGAAUCUUAGACUCAUAGAAUCAUACUUGGACGACCUAAGAUCUUUAUUAGAAGAAUCAGAAAGAAUCCAAUCAUUAGGGGUAUCUUCACAAGAUAAUGAUUAUGAUAUACGGAAAUUAUUAUCAAAAGUUACAAAAUUCUUAGAAAGAAAUGAUGAUGGUGAAGAUUAUGAUGAAUUAGUUGAUACUUAUCAAGAAUUAAUGCAACAAGUCAAGACUAUUGAUGUUAAAGAUUUUGAAUAUAAGAGAAAUAUAAUACCCAAACCAUUAAAUACUAAAAAAUCUGUACGAUUUAAUGAUCAUGUUGAAGAAUAUUCUAAACCUAAAGAAACCAAAUCGUUUAAACCUUUUAAAGAUCAAGUUAUAGAUCCAGCUGAUGAAGCCGAGUCAAAUGAAUUGUUUGGGAAUAAUAAUGUUACUGCUGAUAUUGGGGAUGAAGAUGAACAAUCAGAUCAAAAUUCAAUAGAUAGUGCAUCAAAUCAUGAUUUAUUUAUUCAACAUCAACAACAAAUGUUACAACAAGAUGAUCACUUAGAUAUGUUAUCUCAAAGUGUUAGAAGACAAAGAGAAUUAGGACUUGAUAUAAAUAGUGAAUUAGAUGAUCAAACAAUCUUGUUGAAUGAUUUAGAAUCUCAAUUAGAUCAUAAUACUUCAAAUUUAUCAAAUGGUCAAAAAAGGUUAAAGUAUUUUAGUGAAAAGGCAAAAGAGAAUGGACAAUGGGUUACUAUUAUUAUUCUUGUUAUUAUAUUAGUGCUAUUAUUGAUUAUAUUGAAAUGA